CAGUACGCGGGCUGGAGCUCUCUGGGUUAAAUCAUAUGGUCAUUUUUACAUUUUUGUACACGGUUUUUGGAAAAAGGUGGGGGGCUGAACCUGUCAUCAUAUCACCAUCAUCAUCAGUACCAUCACCAUCGUCGUCAUUGUCACUCUCAAUCUCUUAUGCAUCUGGCAUGCACAGGGAUUUUUUUAAUUGAAAAAAACUUUUAUCAUAAAAAUCAUUCUGAUUGCCCUUGUGGUCACUAGGUGGCGCGGCGGCGCUAUUACAAGAUGGCAGCGCCCAUGAACAAAGAUGAAUCUGGAGAUCUGCGUUUGCGUGAUGAUAUUCAAGAAAAUGAAACAACUUUGGCGCAGACUAGAGUGUGUAACAUGUGCGUGAAAGUCCAGGCAUCAUACACCUGCCCAAGAUGCAACAUUUCCUAUUGCUCCCUCGCUUGUUACAAGAGCGAGAAACAUGCCAAUUGCUCCGAGUCGUUCUACAAAAACAACUUCAUCCAGGCGCUGAAAGAAACCAAAGGAAGCUCUGAUGACAAAAAGGCUGUGCUGGAGAUGCUUUCCAGGCUUGACGCAGAAGAAAUUGGUAAUGACAGCGAUGAUGAUGAUGAUGCAGAUGACAGUGAAGGGACUGAAAGUCUGGAGAAAAGACUAGCUGGUCUAGAUCUUGACAAUGAGCCUGAUAAAGUGUGGGAGAAGUUGACCAGGCAAGAGAGGCAAGAGUUUGAAGAGGUCGUGCGUGCGGGAGCUUUGGGAUCUAUGCUGGAACAAUGGACCCCCUGGUGGACCAAGCAUGACAGGGAACUCAUCAGUGAGGUAGAGGAGGAAACGCACAAGAAGAAAGGGUCAAAGGUCACCACCUCUGACCCUCCCAUGCUGCUAGACUCUGUCCCCAGGCUUUCUGAGCUGCUCAAGACUCCAACAUCGCCUCUCAUUGUCUUCAAUAUGAUCAAUGUGCUAUAUUGCUAUGCUUUUGUUGUGAGAUUUUACAAUGGAUCACAUAUGGACAUACCGCUACAUGCAUGCCAGAGCUUUCUAGAAGUGUGUCCUGGAAUGUCGGCUAAUGUCAGUUUUUCAUCGACAGAGGAUGCUAUUGAAAGUGCAAUACAGACCAUUACUCAGCUGAAAUCUGUCUCGAGCGAAAGAAAGCAUUUGGUUUCUCUCAUCCAGGAUGUUAUUCAUAUCAUGCUUGGUAGAAGCAAAUCGUCUCCAUCUUUCUAUGUAGAAUCUGCACUAUCAGACCUUCAUCAGCUUCUCAAACAAGCAAAACUGAUAUACAAAGUGCCAGAAACAAGUCGCUCUGAUAUCAAGAAAUCCAAAUCAGCGAUGUUCCUAGCCAAGAAGAAGGUGACCUUUUAUCUAGCUUGGGUCAGGGAGAACAGAGGAGUCAUGAAAUUGAAGGCUGCUGAAGUCAAAGUGCUACAUAAAACCAUGGAGAGGGAUGUACAGAAACACGAGUUGGUGAAGGCUGGAGUAGAGAAAAAUAUUGCGGCAGUGCAACCUAGAAAAACCAGCAAGCUUAUUGAAGAAAUCAGCUGACCUCUCCAUUAAACAUUUGGCCACGAUGAUGAAGGAAGAACUUUCAUUUAAUUAGUCAUGUAAUUUAUGGAGCUUAACCAUGCAAAGACUGGGCCAUUUUUAUGCGUAACAAGACUGAGGGGGUGCUGAUUCAGCCCCCCCCCUUCCCUCGGAACAUAGCCAUCGACUGAGCAAUCGUGAAAAAAAAAUUGGCAUGCAUGUUGACCAAGGCAUAAUCAAUAAAACUGGUUAAGUCAAAUUCACCACAAAUCUCUUUAUGUACACUUAGACAUGAAAUCAUAGGUUUGCUCUACAUGUAUAAGUUAAUAAAACCUUGGAACUGUCAUUUUUUACAAACUGUUAUUAAGAUUCUAAUGAAAUUUUCCUGUACUUUAGGAAAGAUGUGUGUCAGUUUUUGCUAUACAUCUUUGGGGGUGAAUCAGACCGCUGCCCCAGUAUUUUUAGGGGUAACUUAUCUUUCAUUGCUAUGAAAGAGUAUUGAGAUCAGAAUUUAUAAUUGGACCUACAGUAAAUUUGCCAAUGUUGUUCUUCCGUCGUCCACCUGCCACAUGUUGAAUAUUCAGCCAAUUUAAGGUAAUUUUUAUGCAAAUUAUGCAAAAUGUGUUUUACAUACCUCUUUCUUGUAAAUCGGACAGAUUUCUUUUAUCCCAAAGGUUUGACUCCAGCAAAAUUGCCUAUAUAUGUUUGGGUUUAAAGCAGAAAUCUGAUGUUGUGUAUAAAUUAGCAUAAUCAAUGAAAUCACACAUUUUUUUUGGAAAAAAUUAGUUAUGCAUACCAGCAAUAAUUUUGUUGAUUAUGCCACAGGGUCUGCCUAUUUUCAGCGCAAUCGGGUCGGAAACAGACAAGUUCCCGAGUUGUAGGUGAUUUACUGUCUCAAACAGAAUAUUUUUACAGUAAAAAAGAAAUUGUUACAACAAAAUAUUUGUCUGUGUUGGUGUACUUUGUCGUAAACACACCCACUAACAAUAGUCAGGUUUUUGUCAGAGUGCUUGGUGCGAGAGUAUUGCUACUUAUACCCUUUGUAGUGAUCCCGAAUCCGGCCGGUAGUCAUAGUGUCUUCCUUAUUUUUAAUUCUUUCUUGCUCCGGAUUUGUGCUUCUUUCUUCUGCUCAGAUUACCUCUUUUUCUCUUUCCCCAGUGCUCCUUUCUCACUUUACUCUCAGUGAUCUUAUCUUUUUGCUCAUCCUUCUUUCUUUCGUUUAUCUCUUUCUCUCACCAUUUCUUGCUAUUUGUAUAAGCCGGUCAUUAUCGGUCAUGAAAUAUGUAUCGUUUUAUUUCCCAUAAAAACAAAGACAUAGCUUUAGCCCCCGCCCACAUGCUAUAAAGAGACAAUGUAUCAUUUCCAAACUGUCCAAAAUCAGCUUCAUCAUACCAAGAAGAUUCUAUGACUGGAGUUCCAACAAUCAACAAAUUUAUUCAAGCAGCUGUUCAUUUCUAAAGAAGCACAAAAGAAAGAACGGCAAUUAGGAUCCUUUUGAUGUCCAGCUUCGAAGCCGCCAGUUUCAGUGAAGAAAUCCGAGGGGUGAAAUUUUACGAAUUUUCAUUUGUAUCGAUUUUCUAUCUUUCAUAUUAAUAACCAAACUAAAAUUUGAAUGCAUGACAAAACAUCAAUAACCAAGCACUAUUACGAGAUAUUUGCCCAGAUUAUAUCAAUUAACCUUUAAUUAGUGAAAAAAGAAAGAAUUUGACCUUUACUGAAACCAGAUUUUAACACUUCCGAUCGUUUGCGGCGAAUGAAAAUUUCAAAUGUGGUCGGUGGAAUAUUGUUGUUCAUUACUGUAUAUGCCAGAUGAGUGCCCGCACAUGUCCAGUCGAGCAAAUUUGAGUCAUAUUUCAGGACAUAUUGCAUAGAUUAUUUUCGCAUGCCUCCGAAUUAUGUACUACACAUAUAACCAGACCGGAUGCGGCGAAAAAGUAAUUAUCACAAAAGCAUAUUUCCUUUUCUGUAUGACCUAUAGCUGCGGAGUCAUGUGGGAAUAAUUUUGUCUACACAAUUGCAAGAGAUGUUGAGCAAAGUGCAUGCCUGACAUACUUUCUGCUGGCGGCUUCGAAGCUUACUCAAAGGGAUUUUGUUUGCUGUUACUCCAUCUCAUUUAAACCUCCUUGAUCGUACUGUCAAUCACAUGACUUCAUGACAUUACAGAAAUAAAAAAAAAAACACAAUAUCAAUUCAGUUAACUUUAUUUUUUCUUUCAAACAAUGGUACUCGUAGCGCACUGUUUACACUGGCCUGCUAUAAGGUUUAAGUAAACUUUUAACCUGCUAAACAUGUUUUGAUUUCAGUUUAACACAUGUACCCUAGACAGGUUGAGGGCUUAACAGGUCAAGGAAAUCAGAAAUUCCAAGUAACAUUCAGAAAGUCUUCAAUAUCUGAAACACUUCUGUUUACCUCUAUAUGAGCAAGCUAUGUAGUCAUAAAAUGCAAAAAGUUUUAAUACUAUAAAUAUAUUCAACACAGUUCAUGGCACACACAAGGAUGAGCAUUGUGACUAACUAUUAAGAAAUGCAUUGCAUGUAUAAAUUCAACAUUCGUUCCUUUAAAUCUCUGCUCUUCCAAUAUUCACUUUUGAGAGGUUGCUUUUACAGGAUUUCAAUAUCUAUGUUUGACCGAUUGAUUUAUUUACAGAAUAUACAUUAAACUUUAAAUACGUGAAGUAAUGAUAUCUUUCCCUUUUUAAAAAGCAUUAUUAAUUAUCCUUCACAGAACCAAACCCUAUGCUCUAUAUUUGUUAACAUUGAUACCUGAAAUAUGUGGUUUUUAUCAUAAGAAAAGGUAAUUGUUAACCCCCC